CUAAAAUAUUUGUAUAAAUUCAACAUCCCUAAAUCAAUUUUUUUGUUUCAUAACAAGUAUGAACAACUUCACUACCAACACCAUGGUAUUCUUGCUUUUCCUCUUCCUCUCUCCAUCCAUUGUCUUUGGUUGGGGAUGCCCAAGGUAUUUCAACGUGGAUAGUAAUAAAUGUUCAGAUCAAUAUUGCGACGGUUAUUGUAAUUCUGACGCGUUUAGCGGUUACAUUUGUCACUUACCCGGAAUUUGCGAGCAACCGAGUCAUUCUCGAUGCAUAUGUAGUCUUCCGUGUGAUGGAAAUCCAUUCAAUGAACCUAAUUGUUGCAAAAACCCGUUGGAAAACCCUAAUUGCUUUUGUUCAAGAAAUCCUGCUUGUCGUCCUCCUAUUCAAGCUUAGUUAUGAUUCUCCAUAUGUAGUUAUCAACUUAUUAUGAAAGAAUAA